AUGCAUUUGCAAGACAUGAACGACAAUGAAACUCUGAUGGGCGGCGAUCGCGAUAUAAAGCGAUCUGCUGCCUGCGACCCUGAUCGGACGUACGAUGAUCCUUGCGAACUUUUGGACGAAAGUGGUGUGGCCACAGGGCGCGGAAUUCCACGUUCCCGUUCGUGGCUUUGUUGCCCGCAAAGGAACGCCAGCACGGGCAAUGGGGCCAGUAACGGCCAAGGCAACGUCACACUGCCGUGCAGGUACUCUAGUCUACAGCCGGUAACUGUCCCGCCUAGACCGCAAGAACAUUUGCACUUGGCAGCGAUGUCUGCGUUGAAGGCCGAAGUACUUGAUCUUUCGGCGCAGCUUCAGAUCUGCAGCAGGGAACGCGAUCGCCUGCAGACAAAACUCAAAAUAGAACAAGAGGAAAGGUCUAGAGCUCAGGUUCGUCUAGAGGCCCUAGGUACAGCGCACGAAGGCAGGCUUACUGAACUGCACUGCGUGAUAGCGGAACUGAGUCGGAAGCUGCACCAAAGACAACAGGCGGCCAUCAUGGAAGAGGAAGCCGAAGCCGACAUAUCCGAAAUUGAAUCAAGUUCAGUCUGCGAUGCCAAUGAAACUGACACGAAUAAAGACGAGAGUGAUAUCGAAGAAGUAAAAGCUACACGGUCUGCCACUGAAAGUCCUUCUGUUCAAAACCGUCCUGAAUUCACCGCAUCAAUUCUUAGUCAUCAACAGUUUUUGUCUCCGUUGAUGACCAAAUCACAAACACAGCCUAGUGCGACUCAAGUUGCUGCUCUUCAAGAAGAAAUCUUGAGUUUGCGCCAGGAGGUUGCACAUUUGCAAGCGAAAUUAGCGACUAAACGGAAUUAUGAAUCGAGUUGUCAAGAAUACGUCGAAGACUCCGCAUGUGACAAUGAAAAAAGCACCGACAACUCUAUUAAACGAUCAAAUACUUACACGAGCGAGCAUGACUUAGAUGAAACGUUACCUUUAGGAAGACUUACUGGAACACUGAAUGAUAUUAGUUGCAUAGAUAACCAAUCUGUAUCGGAUAAAAAUGAAUUUGCUUUGAUACAUGACAACAGCAAAACUACUAAUGUCGAAGACGUCAAUAAAAUGGAGAAGGAUUGUGCCGCAGAUACUGUAAAUGAUUAUGAAAUUAAUGGAUCUAAUAUGGAUAAACGAUCUGUCAAUAAUGUUCAGCAGCAAAGGCCGACUCAUGCAAAAAGUAACAGUUUAGUGUUGCAGAUAAAUAGAAGCUCUUCGCCAGUUCAUGUACAUAGUUCUUUAGGAAGGUCUGGAAAUGUAGCGCCAGUGUCAAAAAUGGCCGAGCGUGUUCGCCUUCGUCGUACGACUGAUGAAAAACAUAUUACAGGCACUGAUAUCUUAAAUACUGGUGUUUGUACAACAGAAGUUGCAGAGCAUUUGGUUUCUGACUUACGAAAUCAGUCGGGUCUUCACGAAUCCUAUUUAUUAACUGACACUUUGAAUGGAUCAAUAUCCAGUACCCCUUCAGAAGUUUUGCGAUUAGAAUUAGAGUUGGAACGAACUAUUGCACAACUGGAACAUCUCAAAGCAAAUAAUACAGUACUGACAUUGACCCUGCAAGAAAGCAAAGCGCAUUGCGAUAGCGAAGAAAAUGCAUUUACGCAUGCCAUGCUUAGAUGUUUGCCGGAUUCAAUAAUAAUUAUACCGAGUUAA